AUGGUUCGAACGAAUAUUAGUAUUCCAUGCAUAUGGGGCGGCAAUGUAGAAGGAAUUAUGAUCAAGAACGAUAGAGCAGCUGCCAAUGAUUUUGAUGAUGAUACAAAGAAAAUAAUUUGUAUUCACGGAUGGCUGGAUAAUGUGAAUUCGUUUUUACCACUUGCAGAGAAAUUAGUAAACGACCGGCCGAAUUACGAAAUCUUUGCCUAUGAUCGUGCUGGUCAUGGAUUUUCUAGCCAUCUCCCAAAAGGCUGCGAGUAUUCUAUGGCGGGUGUUAUUGAAGAUCUUCGUACUGUUAUUCUACAUCUUGGUUGGGAUAAAACGAAGUUCUCUAUGCUUGGUCAUAGCUACGGAGCAGUGUUUGGAAUGGUUUAUGCAGCAUGCUAUCCAGAAGAAGUUGAAUGCAUUGUUGCUAUGGAUAAUGUGCCUUCGUCAGAAACACCACCAGAGGAUAUUUUCAAAUGUUAUCGUUCUCGAAUUGAUGCUAGUUUACAAUAUCAUACUAAGCCAGUUAGAACUUUACAUCAUGAUUUAUCAUAUGAGGCAUUACAGCAAUUAACAAAAUUUAGAAGACCAGGCCUCACUGACGAAGGUGCAAAGUUGAUAGUGGAACGAACAGUCCGUCUAGAUAAAGAUAAUAAACUGAGCGCUACUAUGGAUGAAGCAAUCAAAGUAUUGCCCAUUUAUCCAUUUACCGAUGAACUUUCUCGCAGUGUCACUCAAGCUAUGAAAGCAUCUAUAUUUGUUAUCUUUGCCUCGAAUUCGGAUAGGUCAAAAUAUAAAAAGACAUUAGAUUACCUGAAAGAAUGUAAUCCUAAUUAUGAAUUAGCAAUUAUUAAUGGGCCACAUGACUUUCAUCUAACGAAUGCCAAGGAAGUUGUUGAUUUAGUGAAACGAUACUUCGACAAAUAUCUAAGAUAA